CCUACCCAUUUUAGGUAGGGCGGUGGAAGCUGUUGGGGAAUAUGACGACAUGUCAAGGUUGAACAGGCGACUAAGAAGUGCUAGAAUAUCUGGAGAGUCCAGACAUUGGAGGAGCUCCAACUGAUCCACUUUGAGAGACCAAGACUACUACCUAUAGACUAUACGGGCUGCGCCUUGGUUCACGAAGCGUCACCGUGUGAUACUAGGCUCGCCUAUAUACCUGAGUGUCUAUAUAUAACAGGUUUGAGUACCCGCUUCCCUAGCUUGGGCUGUCAGUCAUUCCACGCUUUCUCUUUGUCAUUCUUUCAAUACUCCUCAACCCUUCAAAAUGAGGCAGUUUUCAUCUUUCACUCCUGGGCUCCUAUCCUUAGCUUCGCUUGCUACACUCACGCAAGCGGAGUUAGGAAAGGUUUAUUGGAAAGGACCUUGUGGCCUAACUAAUGCUACGGGUAUCAGUGAAAGUGCGCCUAUGAUCUGUGGAACUCUUGAAGUGCCAUUGGACUACACAGACUCUCACUCCACUGAUACUUUAACCCUUGAUCUUGCUAAGUGGCCGGCAACCAAGAAACCAGCUGCAGAACCUAUCUUAUUCAACUUUGGGGGUCCUGGUAUAAAUUCUUUCGAGGGCCUUGCAUUAUAUGGAGACGAAUUCCAAGCUAUCCUGGGAGGUAAUAAUGAUUUGAUAACGUUUAACCCUCGGGGCGUUGGAAACACCAUUCCGUUCGCGUGCUAUAUAAGUGACGCCUCUAGAAACCUUGCGUCUCUUCAAGCUCCGGCGGACGGCACGGCGUCCAACACAGCCCGGGGAGAAAUAUGGGCCCAGAGUGCAAAUAUUGCACAGGCAUGUUAUACUCUGAAUAACCGGACUGGAAGCCUCAUUGGCACCAGUUUUGCAGCGAGGGACACGAUGCAGGUCCUUGAUGCUCUCGAGGGAAAACAUGCUUUGCUGAACUACUGGGGAUUCUCUUAUGGCACGACGGUGGGUUCUGUCAUUGCAGCCAUGUUCCCCGAAAGAAUGGGACAUGUGGCACUUGAUGGUGUUGAUAAUCCAGCUGAGUACCUGAAUGGACAUAAUCCAUAUGCAACAGAGGACGCCGACAAGGUUUUACAAGGCUUCUGCCUGGGCUGUCUUGCCGCGCCAAACCUCUGCCCUCUAGCGAAAAUGUACAACAAUGCCACAAACUUAGAAACCGCGAUUUAUACAAUACUCGAAACGCUCAAGUUCAAUCCCAUCCCAAUCCCAGACCAGGGUGGCCUUGUGACUUACAGCGACGUCAAAGCCAUCAUCUAUAACGCGCUAUACGUCCCGAGUGCCUGGCCCAUGACCUCAGAGCUCAUUUACUACGUACAGACCCGGAACACCACCGUCCUUGGAAAUCCCAAGGUAUACAAGACCUUAAAGUCAUACGGCAUGUCAGCGUCCUUGACUUCAUCUUCCAGCGAGAUCCACACAGGUGUCACAUGUUCCGACAAGGCGCGACAAGGCAGCAUGAAGGAUGUGCUACCGUACAUCAAGAAAAGGGCAUCCCUGAGCAAAAUAGCAGGUGAUGGCUCUAGCACUGACACAAGAUGCGCACAAUGGAAUAAGAAGAUGUACGCCAAGGAACGUUACACCGGCGACUUCAAUGUGAAGACAGCUCACCCUUUGUUGGUGUUAAGUAACACCUACGACCCAGUUACUCCGCUUUCAGCAGCGAAGAACCUGACCGCUACCUUUGAGGAGAGUGUCUUGCUCGAGCAGAAUGGCUACGGUCAUACUACUUUGUCUAUGCCGUCCCUUUGUAAGGCUAAGGCCGUCCGGGCUUACUUUAAAAAUGGAACGUUGCCCGCCGACGGGACGAUUUGUCAGACCGAUGUGCCUCUUUUUACGAACUUGACGUAUGCAGAUUUGUGGUCGAAGAAUUUCAAAAGAGGUGUUGAGUCUGUGGAAGAUGCGAACGUUCUCAAGGCCUUGAUGUCGGUUCGUGAGAAAAUGUCUCGACGCAAGCUCUGGUGA